AUGACGCUCAAACUGUUGGCCGCCGUCGCCGUUUUUCUAUUUUUAACCAAUCGCGUGUUUUCUGCGGCAAUUCCGAAACCAGAGAAAAUCUAUAAUUCGCCGACGACAACAAAAGAGAUUGCGUUGAAUGUCGUACCAUCAACACCGUCGAUCUCGACGACGAUUGUUCCGUUGGCAACGGAGACCGACGAAACAUUCACGAAAGAGAUCGAUGAGAUUCCCGACGGAUUGGAGAACACCGGAAAUCCGGACGAGGAUGAGACACUGAAAUCACAAGACGAUCAAAACCACGCGGCGAUUGUAAUCGACGAACAAGUGUUGAACAAUUCUGAAAGCGAGCCCAAGGAAGCAAAAAUAAUUGAGGAAACGUCGAAUCAGACGAUUUCGGUGGCAUUGGAUGAGCUUCCGAAAAAUGGAAAUGAGAUCAUCAUUGCAGAAGAUGUCGCUGAAAAUAAAAAAGAAAAAGAGGAUGAAAUAAAUAUUUAUCACGAAGAAAGCGACGCCACCAAUAAUGAGACAAUUGUGCCAACUAUGGAUGCUUCGAUGAUAAUUGGAUCAACUGAAUCAAGCGAUAUCGAAAUCAAAGCGACACCAGAUCAACCAGAAUAUUCGUAUUUUGACCUUAUCAGUUGCCUUAUUUUUCUGCUUCCUAGUGCCGAUAAUCCAUCAAAUCUCAGCUGGUGGGAUAUCAUUAUUGAAUCAGUCCGGUGUUCCAUGCGUGAAUGCAAUGUCGGAUUCGUUCCAGAAUCUCCGAUGUAUUGGCCAAAAAUCAUUCGCAGAAAACGCGGACAACCCGAAUGCGAAUGCAGAUCGAUCGAGGUGCGGAAAUCAUAUUUAUUAUGCAAAAAAAAUGAGAAGGUUUAG